AUGUGCCGUAGAAAAAAGUUGAGAUGGCACGUGGAUGUCCAAAAAGUAUUGUCAUAUUAUAAAUCAAUACAUAGAACAAAAACCAGUAUGAAGUAUACUUUGAGUGUUGGGACAUCCCGUGAGUCUGUCAAAAAACUAGUAUCACAUUAUAUAUAUAAAGACAUUACUAAAAUGUAACAUCUACCGUAUCUAUAAGUUUUCAUGAUAUACAUGAAAUGGUCAUGGAAAAUUCCUAUCUUGGUAAUCACGUAAGCUCGUCUCUCGAGCCGGCACCUGUCAGUCACAUCAUAUUGGCCCCUGCUGGGUCCGACUCGUGGCAGUAGAUGGAGGUGCCGACAGUCGCUUUCCGGCCUCCCCGGGACAGAGAACAGCGACCCCCACCCACCAUUCAUCCUUUGAGGUCACCAACUCCUGCAGCCUCCGAUCGAGAAAUGGAAACCAGGCAGUGAUUGCCGAACGGAGGCGAAGGACAUGAAGAUCUUCUCAUUAUUCCCCCAAUAUAACUUGGAAGACCUGCAUCCUCAUGUAGCCCAGCCCGUGGCGGGAUGGUUGAAGGAAGAGCAAUUACGGGGUGCCAGGAGGAAAGCGACAUCUGGGAGAAUGGUCUCUACUCUAAUCAACUGUUUACAGCACUGGGAGCCUCCUCGUCUCAUUUCCACUUAUCAAGGAGCAUUCUUAUAG